AGACAGCAAAGGUGAAAAAUGAAACGGCCUCGUCAUCAGAAGUUGAAAACGAGAUCCCGACGGAAAGAAUGGUCAGAUCUCGUGGCCACGCCACGCAACAUGCAGAGCCACCGCCCCGCCCCCGAAGACCACGUCCGAGAAGAAAGCAGAAGCGCACGAGCCCAACCAACCACCAGGGCGCGCGCGGCGGCGACGAGGACAACCGUCACCCCUGCGAGACGCUCGGCAUUCAUGUCCGUCCCCUCCGACUCCGGCCAGGAGACACCACCCUCGGCGACCGAGAGCGGUCGGACGCGCCUCCAGGACGAGCAGCUGGGGCAGCUCCGGGAGCUCUUCAUGCGCUUCGACCUCGACGGCGACGGCAGUCUCACCAAGCUCGAGAUAGCCGCGCUUCUCCGCUCGCUCGGUCUCCGCCCCGCCGAGGGGGACGAGAUCCACACCCUCAUCGCCUCCAUGGACAUCGACGGCAACGGCACCGUGGAGUUCGACGAGCUAACCUCUUCCCUCUCCCAGCUGCUCCUCGGGCCCGGCCGCUCCUCCGUCGCCGUUGACCACGAGCAGCUAGCCGAGGCCUUCCGCGCCUUCGACCGCGACGGCAACGGAUACAUCUCCGCCGCCGAGCUCGCGCGCUCCAUGGCGCAAAUGGGGCACCCCAUCUGCUACGCGGAGCUCAACGACAUGAUGCGCGAGGCCGACACCGACGGCGACGGCUCCAUCAGCUUUGAGGAGUUCGCCGCCAUCAUGGCCAAGUCCGCCGUCGAAUUUCUCGGCCUCGCCGCGUUGUGAGCGAGGCUCCCUCCGGUUAGAGCCUCGUGGGCUUGUCCUCUGUUUGUAAAUUAGUCCAUUCGCCUUCCUUUUUAUCAUGUCUGCAAAUAUAAUACAUACACAUUUGAACCUCGUUGUAUUGAAUG